UAUUGCUAAUAACUGUGGAGUAAGACGGUAGUCACAGUACUCUCUUCUGCUCGUACGGAAUCGUACGGAAUACAAAAAAAAGUUUUUAGAAUCUGGAUACCGCAUGAUCCUUGUCAUAAGCGCAUAAUGCAUUUUCAAGCAGUUUUCAUUUAGGUCCCCUUAAUUUUUCUCUAGUUGGAUUAUGAAUUUAUGAUCAGCACUCUCCGGUCGCACUACAGUUGACAAGCGUCGAUGUUCGGCCGCAGAUUAAGCGGUACGCUUGCCAUGUACCCAUCUCACUUGGGCCCCUGCUUAAUAGUUAAUCGUGACUACAAUUCUUGAAAGCCCGACUGUCAUUACGAGUUAGUUGGAGGGUCGAUUAUUUUGCAGUCGCCCAACCGGCUGUGCAACUCUACAGCUACUGCCGCGGCUGCUGCAAUCUGGUGCCAGCGCUACGAAUUUUCCAUAUUAAGUCAUUGGCUGUUACGCCGCGUCGCAAUAUCAUCAUCCAUCAUCAACUGCUGGACGUGAUCAUGAAUAAUGCAUCAUUUCAUUUGUCGACUACAUCCACAGUUCCCCUUCGUCAUCCCAUGCUCAUGCCUAAUCAUUCCGCUGAAAGUUCCAUUGCGCGUUUGUUAUCAUCGACGACGGAGAAUUCAGUGUAUCACACCGCCGCCAUGCAGUCGCCCGCUAACAACAACAAUAAUAUGGGAUCAGUGCCAUCCACCCCGCAGCACGCUAUGAGCUUUCCCGGCCAACGUGACCUUUUACUGGGGCCCAAUGCCAUACAUUUUCCGUACCUCGGCGCAACAUUCAAUGGCUUACCGAUGUUUCCGACGGGUACUUUUGGUAUGUUUCCAUCCUAUGGAUCUUUUUUCCCCAAAUCGCCGGUGCUGGGAUCUCCUGUUCCCAAUUUUCUUAACGCGUACUUGAUGAAUAAAGAAGACGAACUCCUUUGGCAAAAACGGAGUCCGAGUAACUUGCCGGAAAGUCCAUUGUCAGGAACCAGCCGGAGUUCUCCCGGUGACAUCGUUUCUAGCCAUAAAAGAUUUUGCCGGAGCCGCUAUACCGAUCAGAACAGUUGUCCAGUUUGUGGACAAUCAGUGGUGGGUGCCACGAUGCAGGAACACUUCCUGGAAGAAUUAAAAGCCUAUCGCCAGACUGUGCAUAAUAUGGAUCCGCAGACCGGCACCCCUGCAGAGCACGUCAAAAGCCGCCACGCGAACUCAUUGUCGGCAACGCCCACGGAAAUUGAUUCGCGCCUCGAAAUAUUUUCGAAAGUGCGCAAUAACCGGAAGGCUCGGCUGCCCUCUACACAUGAACCCUCGCGAACACGUCCCUCCGAAGCCGGUGACCUCCAAAGAGAACUGCGACAUGGAUCUCGACACAAACACUUCGAACCACCUCCAUCUGAUCAAGCACAUGGAAGCAGUGAGGAAAAAGAAGAUGAACUGAUUAAUGUUGAUGUGGAUAACGGAGAUUCAGGUUCUCCGGGAAGAAAUAGUGUCGACGAACCGAGUUAUUCUAGAGCGUCGUUGGUUGUCUUUAAAAAACAUAAGCGAAAGCUGCAGGAUUAUGAAGAGUAUUCGCCAAGAAAUGACGAAGCAACGAGUUGUCCGCUAAGGUCACCAACUGAGACCAAGACAACGGCAUGUUCGGAAUGUCAGUUGGAUCUUCCAAUUACGAUACUAUAUAAAGCUCGUAAUUGUCAAAAGCACUGGUACUGUGGGAAGUGCCGCUCCGAAAAGAAUUUGAUGAAAGACGAUCGUUGCAUCCGGUGUUGCCAGAACGAAGAUUCAUAAAUUAAUGUAUCUUGGAUUCUCCUUACAAAUUUGCUAUACAUGUGCUAUGCGUCUCGCAGCAUUUGAGAUCGCUGUUGUGUUCGCCGUUAUUACUGAUACCAUUCUUGUAACCUUGUACACAGAUUUUAUUACGCUAACUGUUGUGUUCCUGAUUCUUUUUACAUAUUGUAUA